AUGGCAGACGUGGAAUUGUUAAAGAGCAAGUUGACGGUCCACCCGGACUUUCCUAAAAAAGGAAUAAACUUUCUAGAUUUCUUGCCAAUUUUACGAGACCCGCAGGCUUUUGAGAUUUUAAUAGCUCAUUUUGUUCAUCACAUCGCCGCAAGCGUCUUGCCCAAGUUGAAAGAAGAAGGGAAAACGCUGGACGCGAUCGUCGGAUUGGAUGCCCGUGGGUUCCUCUUGGGACCGAUCAUCGCUCUGAGAUUGGGAUGUGCGUUCGUUCCUGUGCGAAAAGCUGGGAAACUCCCUGGAGCGGUUGAAAAAGUCGAAUAUAGCAAGGAAUAUGGCACAGAUACUGCUGAAAUUCAGGCCGAUGCUAUCAAGCCAAACCAAAACGUCAUCGUGGUUGACGACUUGAUUGCCACCGGUGGCACUGCCAAAGCUGCAGGCGACUUGGUCAAGAAUCUAAACGCAAACGUCUUGGAGUAUCUGUUUGUCAUCGAAAUCGACUUUCUGGAGGGCCGAAAGACUCUCAAUGCCCCCACUUAUUCGGUCAUCCACCAUUGA